GGAUUUGGAUUAAUAUAUUUAAUCACCUUCCAAACUGGGGAUGCACAAGAUGGAGCUCGGCGACAGCGUGUACGCUGCUGAGCGUAUCAUGAAGAAGAGAAUUAGAAAGAGCAAAGUGGAGUACUACGUGAAAUGGAAAGGGUGGAAGCCGAAGCACAACACUUGGGAGCCGGAGGAGAACAUCCUCGAUCCUCGACUCAUACAGAGCUUCGAGCGGGGCGAGGAGCUGCGGCGCCAGGGCCGGAAGAGGGAGAGGGAGCACUCGCCCGUCGAGCGGGCGCGCAGUGGAUCCGAAGAACGUCACCCACCGCCCGGGAAACGCAAAGCAGAAGUACUCUCGAAGGAAUCUGGCAAAAUUGGCGUAACGAUUACCAUGAGUCCGCCUGCGAAGCGGCACGAUUCUACUAAAGUGAACGGUGGCAGGACACACACACAGCCCCCGCCGCCCGCGGCGCCCCCCGGUGGAGCUGCCGCUCCGGCUUCUCCAGCUGCAGAGGCUGCCGCGCCCCGGACAGGGCCCAGGAGAGCGCCUCACUCGCCGGAAGAGGCCGACGCGCACACGCCCCCCGAAAGAGAACGGCGGACCGAUACCCAACCUACAGCUACAGCGCCAGCGGAGCCCAAGGGCGCCCGGCCGCCUCCACCCGCGCUUCAACCGGAAGAUGAAGACUCCUGGGGUGAAGCACCCGUCGCCGCACCGAACCCACCGCCACAGCCGCCGCGCCGCGGGGCCGCCUACUGGCUAGCUCGCUCCCCCGUGGCCGAUCAAAUCUUUAUCACAGAUGUCACCGUCAACCUACAAACGGUCACGAUCAGGGAGUGUCGCACCGAAAAGGGAUUCUUCAGGUCGCGCGAGAACCGGCCGCUCGACAUAACGUAA